AUGACUCAGGCCGACGCUGAGGCAGACGCGCAGGCCAUAGAGCGAGCAAUGAGCAUCUGGACCCUCGAGUUCCACGAUCCCAUCUUGGAGAAGUCGUUCCGGAAACACUACCGGUCGUGGGUGAUCCCGAGGAUUCGCGUCGGCGUCCAGAUCCAGAUGGCGCUGCACCUUCUCUUCGGCUCCCUCGAGCUGACCUGCGGGUAUACCGCGGGCGCCGUGAUGGGGGUGCUUUGCCUCCGACUAGCGAUCAUGGUUUCCCUGACGGGCUUCUCGUGGAUGACUCUCGACAAGAAGUUCCACCGGCGCAAGGGGGGGGGGGGGUACUCAUAG